GCAGGCGCGGCAGGUCCGUGGCCCUUGCGCCGCGCGGGGGAGGAGAUGGCGGCGCGGAAGGGAGCCGCGGGCUUGGUGCUGCUCUGGCUGCUGGCGGCGCCGCUGCCCCAUGUCGCCUGCGGCUCGGAGGCUGUCGGGACAGCGGAGCCGCCGGGCGGCGGGGGUCUUGGAGAGCGGUUUAAGAUCGAGGGCCGGGCCGUGGUGCCCGGGGUGAAGCCGCAGGACUGGAUCGCGGGGGCCCGGGUGCUUGUGGACGGGGAGGAGCACGUCGGCUUCCUGAAGACAGAUGGAAGUUUUGUGGUUCAUGAUGUACCUUCAGGAUCUUAUGUAGUGGAAGUUAUAUCCCCUGCUCAUAAAUUUGAGCCCGUGCGAGUUGACAUCACUUCAAAAGGCAAAAUGAGAGCAAGAUACGUGAAUUACAUCAAAACCUCCGAAGUUGUCAGGCUGCCAUACCCACUUCAGAUGAAGUCUUCUGGACCUCCAUCAUACUUUAUAAAGAGGGAAUCUUGGGGCUGGACAGAUUUCCUCAUGAACCCUAUGGUGAUGAUGAUGGUUCUUCCAUUACUGAUAUUUGUGCUUUUGCCUAAAGUUGUCAACACCAGUGACCCUGAUAUGAGACGGGAGAUGGAACAGUCAAUGAACAUGCUGAAUUCCAACCAUGAGCUGCCAGAUGUCUCUGAAUUCAUGACAAGACUUUUCUCUUCAAAAUCUUCCAGCAAGUCUGGUAGUAGCAGCAGUAAAGCAGGGAAAAGUAGUUCUGGAAAAAGGAGGUAGUUAAGUCUUCCUCCUAAGCCUGAGUUUGCACAAUUGUUCGUUAUGUAGUGUCAUGUUUAUUUGUCCUGAAAGAUCAAAAAGCCACUACUGUAAACUUCAGGCACAAAAGACCCUAUGCUACAACUGUGUUGUGUAGCUUUUUUAGUCUGUAUAAGCUGUUUUGUACUUGACAGUAAGCAAAAGAGGACAUGGCUUCGACACUGUAUAAAGUUAUUGAUGAUACUGAAUUAACUAUAUUGUUCUGUAGAGAAUUAUUAUAAAUUAUAUGAUGUGU